CCAGGAUUCUGGUGGAAUGAUUCUGGAGGAACUUGGCGAGUUCCUUAGGAUGUGUGGAAGAGUAGACAAGCUCUUGAUCAACUUUGAAAGAUCAAGAGAGUGUACUUACUACAGGAGUACUGCAGAAGCUGGUGCUGAGUGAUAAUUGAUAGAGCAAGAGUAUAUCUUGUCUUGACUCCUGUUUAUAGUUUUCUUGGAGAGGAUAUCAAGGCACAGCCAAGCUUGGAGCAGUGUUCAGUAUAAUGGAUCAUUCCGCAGAACCUUAGAGUAGAGAUGUUGGUCUUCCGAACUGUGAGGAGCAUCGACGCACUGUCGCGGCGCGAGUCUGUCGUCAUCAGCCCCUCCUCGCGCACAGUCCGAUGCGCUAGCGAUGUCCCGGAGCUCGCGCGCCGCAGCACAGAACAGCGCGACCUUCAACCGAGAGGAAAACGAGCAACAUGGCCAACCGCUUCCUGUUUUUCUUUGACUUUGACGAGACGCUGAUCAACGAGAACAGCGACAACUCUGUGGUCCGUGCCAUGCCGUUCCAGAAGCUUCCCGCAUCCCUGAGCAAGACUCACCACCCUAGAUUCUUCCUGGAGCACUCGCAGCAGAUCAUGACAUUCCUAAACGAGAGCGGUGUCACUGAGGAUGCCAUCCGGGCCGCAAUCCAACAAAUCCCGGCUUCUCCAGGUGGAGCAGCACUUCUUGACUUCCUGUUGUCUCAGGAUGACUUUGAGUGUGUCGUCGUCUCAGAUGCAAACUCAUACUUUAUCGAGACUUGGUUACGACAUGCCAGAGCUCAGAAUCUUUUCACCAAGGUUUUCACCAAUCCGGCAGAAUUCAACACAAAUGGACGCCUCGUCCUGCGCCCGUUUCACUCCCAUUCCUGCCCUAGGUGCCCAGAAAACAUGUGCAAGCAGGUCAUCCUGAGAGAGUAUGCGAGCAAAAGGGCGAAGGAGCGAGGGGAACCUUUCCAAAAGGUAUUUUAUAUGGGUGACGGAGAAAAUGAUAUCUGCCCCACGUUAGUGUUGGGACAAAAUGAUACGGUUUUCCCCAGGAGAGGAUUCACGAUGCACAAGAUCAUCGAGGAUCUACAGAAAACGCAGCCCGGUGUGUAUAAACCAACUGUAGUGCCCUGGGACCGAGGCGAAGACGUGGUGGACUUCCUGAAGAAGGUCCUGCAGGAGAAAUAAUCUGCUGGAGCAGAAGAAGAGUGGAAGAAUGAGGAGGAAGGAGGGAGAUGAAUUUACUGACAGAUACGUAUUACACAAACCAGCACCUGAGACAUGAUUAGCCUUGCAUGAGCCCCGCUAAUACACCACACCAGAAUAAACAAGGUCACUGCGUGUGUGUAUGUGUUUAUGUUUUGUGUGUUGUGUGUGUAGACUGAAUGGCAAUUUCAUGAAUGAGCAAAUAACAUUUAUGUACUAUAGCAUGCAGACAAAUGGCUUUCGGCUAAAGGCUAAUGCAAAGUUAUACUUUGUUAAUGUCUUCCAGAAUGCAAACACACACACACGCACACACACACACACACACACACACACACACACACACACACACACAUAGAGGUCAGUAUUAAUAGCAAAUCAUGAAUUCUAAUAUACACACAUCCACACAGAGGCUAAUUUCAAAUGCUAAUAAUGAUAAUAUAACUACCUUUUCUCUGUAGGCUCAAGCUAAUGUCUCUCUCUCUCUCUCUCUCUCUCUCUCUCUCUCUCUGUCUCUCUCUGUCUCUCUCUCUCUCUCUCUCUCUCUGUGUUUUUCUCUCUGACAUUCAGCCUACACACACACAAAACAUACAGUAAACACACACACAUACACACACACACACACACACACACACACACACACACACACACACACACACACACUUCUUGUAUAGUGCUGUUUAUCACCAUGAAAAUACUUCAUAGAGAUACUAAACAUUGUAACAGAAAAAAUGUAGGGCAUAAACAAACAUCACUGACUAAAUGACGGUGCUCAGAGAAAAUAAGAAAAAUUUUUACUGCACUUACAUCACGAUUUUAUACACGAUUUUGACAGCCAUGUUUCAGACAUAUUACAGAUGUGUUCUUUGUUUUUGAUUUGUAGUCAUUGUGUUUUUUUGUGUUGACUAAUGCUAAACAGAAGACGUUUUUCUAGCUAGCAUCAUUAGAAACCAUACUACUAAUUGGGUUUCAUUUGUAUUGCAAUUUUAAGAGUAGACAUCAUUACAAAGGCGCAGUAAAUCAAACAGUAUUGACUGUUUUAUAAUGGAAAAAAAACUUGUUUUUUUUUUCAUAGUCUCCUGUCGUAUACCAUUUCUCACUAUCAAUAAACGUGUACAGAGACUUUAUUUAAAAAAACAAGAAUUGGAAGGAAGCAGUAUAGAUUGUUGGGGUCUCUACUGGUUUGUAGUGGUGUUUAGUAGCAACCAUUAAAAUUCCUAAUGGAAUCUGACAGAAGAAGAGUCUGAUGGAACCCUUUAAGGGCCUGUAUGUGAAACGAUUAGAGCUGAGUCAGGAAUAAAACACUCGGUUACAGGAAAAUAAUCAGUCUUCUAAUCUUUUCUGAUCUCAUUCUUUUCUCCUUACAACAUACUUCAUCUCCUUUUCUUCUUCUGUUGAUUUGCUUUUCUGUAUUUCAUUUUUCUUCAUUUUCAUUGUUUUCUGCACUCACUUUUUUUUCUUGAAAUCUUUCUGUCUCAUCUUGAGUUUUCUGUCUUUUUGAUCAUUUAGAUAUUUGCUUUUAAAAUCCUAAUUUCUUAAAUUUCUGAUAUCUUUUUUGUGUGUCAUGCACAUUUUUCACAACUUUAUAAAUGUAUUAUAUUGUUAUAUAUAUAUUUUUGUGGUUGCGGUUCCUCAUCUUAUUUUGUUUUUUCACCAUCUCAUCUUCUUUUCUUUUCUUUAUCGGGUUUCCCACUUGUUAUUGCGUCUCAUUUGGACUUGUCUUGUUUUUGUUUGUUUUUUUUUAUCUCAACUUGUGUUUCUUGUGUCAUUUAUUUAUUUUUUACUAGUUUUUGUUUUCAAUCUUGAUUUCUUGAUCUCAUAUUCCUCGUUGUAUUCUCUCAUUUUUUACUUUUCCUGUUCCUUAUCAUGUUUUGUUUUGUCUUUCUUCGUCUCGUUGUUCCUCAUCUUAUCUUGCUUUUUUCUUAUCUUAUCUUGUUUUUACCUUUACUGGCUUAUCGGUUCUCACGUAGUUUCAAUUUUCCUUGCCUCAUCUUGUGUUUCCUCGUCUUGUUUUUCCUCUUCUAGUUUUACCACUUGAACUCCUGAUGCUGACUUUGUAAGCAGAACAUACUACAGGUGCUCAGAUUUAUUUAUUUAUUUUCUGAAGAUCUUAAUUUUUUUGUUCAGUAAUCCUUCAAGUCCACGUGAUCCCUUGUGAAACCAAAGUAGCUAUUUAAUAACAAUUUAUAGAAUUAUAACAAUAAAUAAAAAUGUAAACUCUAAUUAUGGAUUAUAAAGCCAUUAUAACAAAGCAUGAAAGAACAAUUGUGUGUGUAUGAAAAUAGUUGUCGUAUAUUUAGUGUUUUGUGUAUUGACCUUGCGGUGAAGAUUUUAAUGGCGUUAAAGGCGCGAUAUGGUUGAAUGGCGACACCUCGUGGUAAUGAAUAAAUAUUACAUUGUGAACUAAAAGUGUAAAAGAUGCAGGAACUCUGACAAUUAUUGGGAAGCAGGAUCACGUUUCAUUUACAGCUAAUAAAUUAUCAUGCAAACGUUAUAAAAUAUAAAUCUUUCUCAUUUUCUUUUCAUUACAGAAUUCUGUGCACUACGUAGCACACUAACAAUCCCUUAUUGUAAAGGAACACGGUCACUUUGUGUUAUAAACACACUGUGAAUAUUUAUUAACAUGUUAUUAUGCUAAUAUGUUUUUACUUAUUAUAUGCACGAGAUCUUAGCAAUGACAGGGAUUAAAGCCAUUAGACAAAAGGGUAUUUAUUAUUAUUAAAUGGAGAGUUUAGCUGUAUUUACUGAUUGUAUUUAAAAAGAGAAAAAUUUAUGUAUUUAUCUUUAUUUUACUGAUUUAUGCAAAUAAGAAUUAAACAUCUAAAGGCAAA